CCCAUUAACGACUGUGAAUUAAACAAUCGAAACUCACUGCGCUCUAAAAUUAAAAAAACAAAAAAUUCCAUUUGGUGCCUUCUCUAUGGGCAAUAAUGCCUUCAGUAUUCAUUCAAAUUUACGAUCUAACCUUCUUUUUUUUCUUCAACUAACAAAACUAAGCUUCUUUGUUUUGUUUUAGGACGACCCUCGGUUUUGCCAUUAUUUACGGCGUUACCCCUUUGUAAGAAACCCUAGUGUCUGAUUUUUUUUUUUUUUGGUAGUUGUGUUCGGAUUUCGGGUUUUUCUAGAGUUUCGUAUCUUUUGUUUUUUUUGGAGCUUAGGAUUGUGAUAUGAAUAGUAGAGGGAGGUAUCCACCACCGGGGAUCGGCGUUGGCCGGGGGGGCGGAGUGAAUGCUAACCCUAGUUUUCAGUCCAGGCCGUCACAACAACACUACGUGCAGAGGAAUUUGGUUCAUAAUCAGCAGCACUUUCAACAACACAAUCAGCAGCAUUUUCAACAACAACAGCAGUGGCUCAGGCGUAACCAGUUACCCGGCGGCAAUGACUCCAGUGUCAUCGAUGAGGUCGAAAAGACCGUACAAUCAGAAGCCGUUGACUCGAGUUCACAAGAUUGGAAGGCCAGGCUAAAGAUACCACCAGCAGAUACCCGCUACAAAACAGAGGAUGUGACAGCUACUAAAGGAAAUGAAUUUGAGGACUAUUUUCUGAAACGUGAACUUCUUAUGGGAAUAUAUGAGAAGGGUUUUGAAAGACCAUCUCCUAUUCAGGAAGAGAGUAUUCCCAUUGCUUUGACCGGAAGUGAUAUUCUUGCCAGGGCCAAAAAUGGAACUGGAAAGACAGCAGCAUUUUGCAUUCCCGCCUUGGAAAAAAUUGACCAAGAUAACAAUGUUAUUCAAGUUGUUAUACUUGUUCCAACUAGAGAACUGGCUCUGCAGACAUCACAAGUGUGCAAGGAGCUUGGGAAGCAUUUACAAAUUCAAGUCAUGGUCACCACGGGAGGCACCAGUCUCAAGGAUGAUAUUAUGCGAUUGUAUCAACCAGUCCAUUUGUUGGUUGGAACGCCUGGCAGAAUUCUAGACCUUGCUAAAAAGGGUGUUUGCAUUUUGAAAGAUUGUUCAAUGCUUAUAAUGGAUGAAGCAGAUAAACUUUUGUCUCCAGAGUUUCAACCUUCUGUAGAGCAGCUGAUACGUUUUCUUCCUGCAACUCGUCAAAUUUUGUUGUUUUCUGCCACAUUCCCUGUUACUGUUAAGGACUUUAAAGACAGAUACCUACAGAAGCCUUAUAUUAUUAAUCUAAUGGAUGAGCUUACCCUGAAGGGUAUUACACAAUAUUAUGCUUUUGUGGAAGAAAGACAGAAAGUCCACUGUCUAAAUACUCUUUUCUCUAAGCUGCAAAUAAACCAAUCAAUCAUUUUCUGCAAUUCGGUAAAUCGGGUGGAACUGUUGGCCAAGAAAAUUACAGAACUUGGCUACUCUUGCUUUUAUAUCCAUGCAAAGAUGCUUCAGGACCAUCGUAACAGAGUAUUUCAUGAUUUCCGUAACGGCGCAUGCAGAAAUCUUGUUUGUACUGAUCUUUUUACAAGGGGUAUAGAUAUCCAAGCUGUGAAUGUUGUUAUUAACUUUGACUUCCCCAAGAACUCUGAAACAUACCUCCAUAGGGUUGGUCGAUCAGGAAGGUUUGGUCAUCUUGGAUUAGCUGUGAAUUUGAUCACUUAUGAAGACCGCUUUAACUUGUAUAGGAUUGAGCAAGAACUUGGGACUGAAAUUAAGCAAAUUCCUCCACAUAUUGAUCAGGCUAUUUACUGCCGGUGAUUUAUUGAAGAUGUUUCUAGUUUGGCCUACGGUGGUAACAAUGGUGAGCAGCCACCCUCAAGUCUAGUUUUUGAUUAUGCGAAUGAAGUGAUAUCUCUGUUGCCUCUUUCCAUGUGUGUAUCUUGUGAGAUAAUAUUGAUGAUGUGCAAUUACUUGCAUGUUUGUUAGGGUUAAUGAAGCCUGCUUAUUCAAGGCGUUCGUCCUUGCACAUGGGUGGGUAUAUAUAUUCUAAAAUAUAAGACGAUGUUGGUGGGAGACUUCUUAUCGGGUGCUUUUAUGCAUGUAAUCCUUGAAUGCUUCUUUCCUAUUGACAUCUCAAAUUUCAGAGUCCUGAAAUGUUAGCAGGAUACAAUAGACUAGGGAGAGUUUUAGAUGAGUCUUGCUUUUGAUUUAGUUAUGGUUUGGUACUGUCUGUCUGUCUGAUCAUGGUGGAAUUGUCGCUUGUGCUAGAAAUUUAUGUUUAUGUUUUUUCUGUUGGUGCAUUUUCUCAUCAAAAUCUGUGGUUUCAAUGAAUAAAAAACAUCUAACAUUUUAAAACGAAAUGAAAA